GGCAAAACAAUGGAAAAUGUACGGAAUCAUGUCGACGUUAAACUUCUAACAAAGUGGGAUAGUCGUUACGGUGCGGAGGCAAUGAUUUCGAAACCAAAUUUUCAUAGUUGCAGCAUCUUUUCAGAAAAUUUAAUCACCGUGGAAUUGCGAAAACUCGAAGUGAAAUUCAACAAGCCAAUCUACGUGGGUAUGUGCAUCCUCGACAUAUCCAAGUCUGCUUGUAUGAAUUUCACCAUGAAUACAUGCUGCCCCUGUACAGUGACAAGUGCAGAAUUAUGUAUACUGAUAGCGACAGUCUCAUAUACCACGUCAAGUGCGAGGAUGUAUAUGAGACUGUGAAACGCGAU